AUAUGAUCGUCAAGUCGAGCAAAACUGGGAAGAAUAUGUUUACCAGUUAAUUUUUUUUGCAAAAGUGAAUUUUUCAGUUUCUUUCAUUAGAGUUCAUAAUAAUAUUAUGAACUUUUAGAAUCUGAUAUUAUAUUGUAAUGUUAUACUUAAAAUGUAUAAAGAUGAAAAAUUAAAUUUUUCCCAUUUUUAAGAAAGUGAUUUUGCAAUGGAUCAACAUCCUGAAAAUAUGAGUCAAGAUAGUGUGGUCAAGAAGAGCCCAUUUGACGAUUUAAAUAGAGAUGAUCUAAUUCAAAAAUGUAAAGGAUUACUUGCAAUAGCUCAAAAAGCAAAACAGGCAAAGACUGAUUUACAGGAAGAAAUUGAAAAUUAUAAAGCACAACUUGACAAGUAUGAGUCAGAGAAAAAAUCCAGUUUGGAAAAUUUACAAACAUUACAGGAACUUGUUGAUUCUCUCACUGAACAGAAACUUAAUUACAUAACUGAAGUAGAUUCAGCACAAAGCCAAAUAAAAUUACUUAAUGGAAAAUGUUUGAAAUUUGAAGAAGAGAUACAUAAAUAUAAGGCAGAUUUGAUUAUAAGAAACAAACAAGCGGCAGAUGCUACACAAAAACUAUCUGAUCUAGAUAGUGAAAUUAUUUCUCUCAAGAGGCAAAAUAAACGACUCUUGGAUGAAAAUGAGCAACUCAUAAAUCAACUUACUGAUUUAGAAGCAAAAACUACUGAGUUUAAUAAUAUUGGUUUACAGCAAAGAGAGCAAUUAAAAAUAUUAGAAGAGAGAGUUCAAACAGAUGAUUCUUAUAAAAAACAAAUUGAAAAACUAAAUAACCAAAUUUUGGAAUUGGAAAGGAGACUUGAACUAAAGGAAGGCUCUUUACAAAAUAAUAACCAAAUAUUGGAUUACGAAAAUAAAUUGAAAGAGGUUACAAACUUAUAUGAGUCUGAAAAAAAUAAGAAAGAAAAAGCAAAUAUUAAACUGAGAACUUAUAAGGAUAAAAUACUGAAAUGUGCAGCAUGUAUUAAUCAACUUAAAAACUCCAGAUUCAUUUUGUCUAAAACUGUUAAAGAGUACUCUGAAAGUAUUCCAAAAUGGCAAAAUGAUAUAAUAAAGGCGUCAAAGUUUUUAGAUGAUCAAAUAAAUGAGUUAAAUAAUGAAAAUGCAAUACUAAAAGAGAAACUUCAAUCUUUAGAGCAAAGACUCGCAGACCUCUUGCCAUCUGAUAAAGCACUUGAUACUGAAAUGAAGAAUACUCAUGUAACAGAAUUGAAUAAAAAUAAUGAAGUUUUAAAAUUAGAAUUACUUGAUUCACAGCAGCACUUAAAUAAUUCUUUAAAAAUAAAAAACAAUCUGGAAGAAGAAUUAGAGAAAUUAAAAUGUGAUUAUAAGAAACUAAAUGAAUUUGAGCUACCACAAUAUUUAAAUGAAAACAAACAGUUAAAAGAUAUGUUGAAUAAAAGUACUCAAAAUGUUCAUGAUAUCACACUAACAAACAAUAAACUUCAAUUAUUAGUUGAAGAUUUAAAAUCUGAAUUAUCUGUGACAAAAGAGCAUCUUGAUAACUAUCAAAAAAGUAAUUAUAUUCUAAAUGAAGAUAUAAUAAAAUUAAAAACAGACUAUAACGAUUUAAAUACCACUGUAAUACCAGCUCAAAUAAAUGAAAUUAAAAAUUUAAAAGAUCUCGUACAUGAUAUGAAUAAAAAGUUUGAAGAUACUUCUAAAGAAAAUAGUGAUCUACACAUAUUGAUAGAAAAUUUAAAAUCUGAAAAUCAAAUCUUACAUUCUAUGAAAUUAAAUCAAGCUAAAGAUGAUACUACAGAAAGUAUGGUGUUGCAGAUAAAGGCAUUAGAAAGUGAAAAGGCAAUAUUGGUCAAAGAAAAACUGAAUGCAAGGGAUAAUGUCUUAGAAUUAGAAGGUCAGAAUAAAGUUCUGACAAAUCAAUUAGAUAAAAUGAAAUCAGAUAUUUUGACAUUGAAAUCAAAUAUUGAGCGAUUGACCCAGGAGAAAUUUACGAUUGAAAAGAAUAAUAAAAUUGAAAAAGAGAGUGAUGUCAAUAACUUGAAAUGUCAAAUCAAUUUAUUACAAGAGCAAUAUGAUAUACUUAAGAAAGAGCAUGAAGGGUUACAAGAUUUGAAUGGGCUCUUAAAAGAAGAAGUAGAAACACUUAAGCUUUCAUUAGAACAACCAAAAGAAGAUGGUGAUAACUUAUCAGAUUUAAAUGUAUCUUUACAAGCGGACAUUGUUAAGCUAGAAACUAAGCUAGCUGCUUAUAAACAGGAAAAUGCGUCACUUCUAACGGAGCUUAAGGAAUCACGAAUGAAAGUUAAAGAGUUUGAUACUUUAGCUACUGAAUAUGAAGAUUUUAAAUCUAAAUUAUCAGGUUACAAAACUGAGAAUACAGAACUAUUAAAUGAAAUGAAAGAAAUUAAUCAGGUAUUGAAGGAGCGUGGUGAGGCUAUAUCAAAAUUACAAAAAGCCAUUGCUGAAAUGGAAAGACUAAUAGAAACAUUAGAAAAAGACAGAGAUAAUAUGAAACAAGAAAAAGAUGAUCUAACUAUAAAAAUUGGAAAUUUGCAGGAAGAUUUGAAAAAAGCAGAAUUAAAAACUGAUAAAAAUAGUGCAGUCACUGAGCAAAUUCUUAAUGAGAGAGAUAAUGCUAUGAAGUCACUUAUUGAAAAAGAGGCAAUUAUAACAUCACUGAAAGAUGAGAUAGAAAAACUUAAACAACAGCAGUCUGCUCCUGUAGAACUACCUCAUGAGGAUAUGUCUACGUCUACAAUAUCAAAAGCUGAGGAACAUUCGCGAAUGAAAGAUUUGGAUGAAACAUUUGAAGACAAAUACACAAAAUUAAGGAUAUUUGCAUUAAAACUGAAAAAGAAAUUAAAUGAAACAACAACACAAUUGCAAAAUUCAGAACAGGAUAAAGCAAAAAUAGAGAAAUUGCUUCAUGAGGUAAAUACAAAGCAUACUAAACCAGUAAAGGAUACUGAUGAAGUUGACAACAGUAGUAUAAAAGUAGAAGAGGACAUAAUUAAACUUCAAGAUAAAGUGAAGAUCUUAACUGCUAGUAUUGAAACUUCUAAAGAAACUGCUGCAGAAUUAGAGAGAUUGAAAGUUGAAUUAGAUAACAAAUGCAAGCAAUUGGCUGUUGAGAUUGAGGCUCACAAAGUCACUAAAGAUAAUUUGGAGAAAGCUCGACGAGAUGCGAAAAAGAAAAAUGUUUUGAGUCUUGAGAUGGAGGAUUAUGAGAGAUCUAUGAAAGAACUUACAAGUAAAAUGGAAGAAAAGAAGAAAAAAAUGGUCCAGAUGGAAUCUACAAUAGACACACAAGAAGGAACCAUCACAUCAAUGAAGACUCAAAUCAAAUUACUUGAAGAACAGAUAAAAACAGAAGAAACACAAAAUAGACUUAUUAGAGAAGAACUGCAACAUGCUGUCGAUGAAGCUAGAGAGAAAGAUAAUAUAAUACAAACUAAAAAUGGCAUCAUAUCGAAAUUAGAAUUGGAUCUUGAAGAUGAAAAAAGGAAGAAUGAAGAAUCUGAUCUAGAAAUGACAUCAUUGAUAAGUGAAAAGGAAAAGAUUAUUAUGAGUUUGGGUGAAGACAAAGCAGAGUUAAAUAACAAAGUUAAGAGACUAGAAUUUAAAUGUGCCGAAUUAAAUGAAAAUUUGAGGAUUACAAACAUUGAAUUGGCAGAUUUAAAAACUGAAUACACUAGUUAUAAGGUGAGAGCUCAGGCGGUUUUACGACAAAAUCAAACUGUAGACCACAGCCAGGAGGAGCAGUUGAAGGAGGAAGCUGCUGUUCUGAAGACCCAGUUAGAGACCUUAAACGCCAAAUUGACAGCUGCCUUGGAACAGUGUGCGUCGGAGCACGCGGCAGCGGAGGCGAGCUCGCGGCACGCGGCCGACGCGGCGGCGGAGGCGGCGCGUGCGCAGCAGCGGGCCGCCCGCCUGCACGCCGACCUCACGCGCCUCGCACACCAGCUCGAUACCGAACGUGACCACCAGAAACUACAGGUCGCAACGCUUACCCAAUGCUAUAAAUCACAAAUAAAUGAACUAGAAGCUAAAAUGCAAAGAGAUACGGAAGCCCUGAGGAAACAGUUGCUGGCCGCGCAAGAAAACAACAAAGUCGGCCAGGCGGGUGCGGCGACGAACGAAUCUAAUCAUGACCAAUAUUUACUACCAGUUAUACCGAAAGAAGAGAACAGUGACGGUGAAAUGGAUAUCAAUGUCUCCAUGAUACCAAGAGAAGAAGGCGAGGGAUCUGAGUCAGCUCCAUCUCCACCGCCGUCGAAGGCGUACCUAAGCGCUGGUAGUGGACGCUCACCAGUGCCACUGGAGAGACUACUCGAGGAAGGUGUACCAGAUGACGAGGCCCUCGACUCGGCUUCGCUCGCUCUCACACCAGACCAAGAACUUGGCGAUCUCAGGCGUAGGCUACAAGCUCAACAGCAAAGGGUGAAACAUGUGACCAUGUUGCUGUCAGAAUCGGAGCGAGAAUGCGCGCGACUGUCACAGCUAAGUGAACUACUUAAGGGUGAGCUUCGGCGAGUACGUUCCUCGCCGCUCCAACACAACACCGAAUAUAUGAAAAACGUCACGCUCAAGUUUCUGACGUUGGCGCCGGGUGAUGAACGCAGCCGUCUAGUGCCCGUUUUACAGAAAAUUCUAACACUUACACCUGACGAGACGCAGAAGAUACAAGCUGUCGCUAAAGGAUUAGAUCCAAAUCCUAAAGGCUGGGGAAGUUAUCUACCGUGGCCGGGAGGAAAAUAAAGUAUUUCAUUGUGUAUUAUUAUAAUGAAUCAUAGGUAUUUAGAUAUAUUCAUAACGUCAGAUACCAAUUAUGAUUGUCUGUGAUCCAAGUUGACAUUUCUUUUUUACUUUGGUAAAGCAUUUUUUAUGUAUUUUGAAUUUUAUAUUUCAUAAAUUUUAAUAUAAAAAAAAAAAAAUGGAAACGGUAAUGAAAACUCCAAUAUUGUGUCUGUAUAUUCAAUUUUAGUAUUAAUUAGUAUCUCAUAGCAAGAAUAUUUGACAAGUAUUGGUUUAUUAAUUUAACUAAAUGAUAGCACAAUCAUGAUUGUACUAAUAGGGAACAUGUGUUAAAACUGCUACCAUCCUUAUUAUAAUAUUGAAUGUUAUUUCAUAUUUAUGUUAAUAAUGAUUCCUAAUAAUUUAGAAAUACUUAUAUGAAAUGCGAACAUAUAAAUGUAUUCUGAAUAAUAUAGAAAUUAUAGACAUCAGCUGAACGAGAAACCGAACUGUACAUAUGAGAGAAAAUUUAUUGGUACGUGUUAAAAAAAAAUGUUUAAACAGGGUUCGUAGUAGAAAGAAAAAAGUUUCAACUUUUUGGUUAAUUUCUUUUUAUGUACAUUAAUAUGCGAUCAAAACAAGCUCAUUAAUUGUAGUUUUAUAUAAAUACUUUAGUUAUAUUAUUGUUAUAUUUUUCUAAUAAUAUGUUUCCAUUGCAAUAUUAUAAUGAAAGAAAAUAUAUUUUGUUACUUAUUUAAAUUAUAUGAAUUACAUAUUACACUUUUAAUUCUAUUCUCUAAGUCUACAAUGCUUAUUUUACUUAAAUAAUAUUAGUGAUUUAGUAAUCUAAUGUUGUCUGGUUUUAUAUUACUAAUGGAAAUGACAUUCCAAAACAGCAUUUUCGUGUAAUUAAUUCAACAAGUUGAUGAAACUGGUAGCAUAUAAUUAUUAUAUGGUCAACAAGAAUAACUGACAGUGUAAACACCUAUUCAGCAACAACUGAGUAAAUUAAUGUAUAAUAUAUUAUUUAUUUUGUUCUUUUUUUUAUAAUGACAUAUGUUUCACAACAAAUCUGGGAUGUAUUCAACAAAAUCACAAUUAUUUAUCAUCAAAGAAGUAUAAACUGUAUAGUGCCUGUAGUGUAUCUAGUAAUCUUAUAUUACUUUAAUAUCAUAAAAUAGUAAUAAUAAAUAGCUAUAUACAUUUAAAUGAGUAACUAGAUAUCCAGCUAUAACUAUCAUUAUUGUUAUGUUUAAUUAAUAUUUAUAUAAUUGAAAUUAUUAGUAUACUACAUGAUUAAUGUAAAUGAGGUGAUAUAAAUGUAAUAAAUAAUUAUAGACGAAA